UUUUCUUAAGAACUUAUAUUAAGCGUUAUUUUAUAAUUCCGCUUAACGUAGCACUACAUACGAACCACUAAAUAUGUUAUCGAUUUCAUCCCUACUUAAAGAUUUAUACUUGUAACGAAAAAUGGGAAGCGAUAAGAAGAAAAAAAAGCAUAAACAUAAGCGCAAGGAACACAAAGAAAAACACAAGACAAGAAAGUCCAAAAAACAUGAAAAACACAGACGUGAGAGAAGCAAAGACAAUGAGACUUCGGUUUCACAACCGGCAGCAACAGCCAAUCCUCCCCAGGCUGAAAGUGGCGAUGAGGACUUUGCCAUACCAAUAGCGUUGAUGAACAGCAAAUCCCACGCCCCAGAGACACCGGAGGAAUAUCAGCGGCGUCAGAGUCAGAUUCGUCGCGAAGUUGAUCCGGUUACUGGGCGAAUACGUCUAAUAAAGGGCGACAGUGAAAUUCUAGAAGAGAUUGUGAGUAAAGAUCGACACACAGAAAUCAACAAAAAGGCAACUAGGAGCGAUGGCGAAUACUAUGAAGCCCACUCUCUCGGCUCGGCCCGUCGCCAGGCGAAACCAAAGUAAUAUUUCUCUACUUCAAUCUUUUUUCCUCUUUUUUUUUUUAUUAUGACUUUUAAUAAUAGUUAAAUAUGUAACGGAUAAACUUAAAUAAACAAAUGCUAGCUUGCGGACUAUUCAUAUAUAUAGUCAAUAUAAUAUAUACACGUA